GUGGGUUUCAAUUCCCCCUCUUUUCUUCAAAUUCCCUCCGGCCUGAAAAAUAAAAUUAGGGUUUGGUGCGAGGAGUAAUGUUCACUCGCGGGAACGAGUGGAAGAAGCGGGAAAGACCACUGCAAGAAAAACCCUUGGAGCGAGUGGCUGCGAAUUCCUAGGGUUCAUGUUUGGCGGAGAUUUCAUGUCUUAUGAAUGGAGGUUCUCUCUGUCUUCGGCAUCGGUGUCUUAUCGCAGCCUUUUGUUCUAGCCGCAACGGUUACUGCGCUCUGUUUUUUGCUUGCGUUCUUCUCCGUUGUCAGAUCAUUUUCACUCCCCUAUUCCCUCAAGGCUCUCAGAUCAUCUAUUCACUCGGACGGCUUUUCCGUGAGGAAGUCUUGCGAUUGCGCUUGUUCUUGCAACGGAAUCGUUGAAAAUUCAGAUUCUCCGUCCACGAGUGCUCUGCCCUAUUUGAACGGUGGUGGGGCGGAAAUGUUGGAGGCCACGCCCUCCCCAUCCCCGAACCUGACCCCGCUUCCGACCCCGGCCCUGUUAACCGACCGGCGAACCGGUGCGUCAAUGAUGGAGAAUCUGGUUCCGGAGAUUACAACCCAUGCUUUGAGUUACUUGGAUUAUCCGAGUUUGUGUCGCCUCUCAAUGACUAAUUCUUUGAUGCGGAAGGCUGCAAAUGAUGAUAAUGCAUGGAAGGCCCUGUAUCACAAGGACUUUACAUUGGAACAAGAUAGUGUUACACCAGUUAAUGGGUGGAAAUCUUACUAUGCUGCCACAAGAGCAAUUGUGAAUAUUAAUGCACAAUUCUACAACAUUGUCAGAGUGAAGUCUCUUUCAGCCAUGAGUGAUUUUUGGCUGAAUGCAGAUUAUGUGAAGUGUAUUCAUGCUUCAGGAGAACUUUUUUCAGGAUACAAUGCAGUAAUGCAGAGUUGGCAGCUUGCGUUCAAUUGGGAGCAAGGAUUGAACUUUCAGGUGCGGGAUGUACGUGCUCGGGUCUUGACAGAUAUGGCUUGGGUUACCAUGAAAACAUAUGUCGAUGUGGAUACAGGUCCAUUCAAUGUGACUAACGUCUUUGAGUUUCAUAACGGCCGCUGGUAUAUGGUUCAUCAUCACAGCUCUGUGAUGGACGGCGAAAUGGAACAACAGAUUGUACAUGGCUAAACAAGUGAGAGAAGAGAUGAUGCCGUUAUUUAGUCUGAUACUAGUUACAAAAGGUGGUUUUAAUUCGCAGAAGCAAAGAUGAUUGAAAUUUUCAUGAUUUCUUUGGUGAAGAUCCCUUUUAGUUAAGUUACCCCCGUCUCUAUUUCGCUUGCAUACUGUAUAUAAGACAAGAAGUCCCAAUUGCAAUGGCUCAAGCCAUUAAAAAAAAAAUUGUUAUAAUUACGGUGAGCACAUGAAGUGUGAGACAAGACUUGGACAGAAGAGGGAUGUCUUUGAAUGAUGCGGCGAAUGAGGAUGUGUUGGCAUCUGAAGCGAGGAUUGUUGAUGUGUAUAGCGCGAGCCUUGGUCAAAGCAUAAGCAUUCCAUUGUUGCUGUGCCUCCGCACUGCAUUUUUGACUCCCUCUUAUAUUUUAUUAUAACCAAAUGAUUUAAUUGUAAAUUACGGUUACCAAAA